GUCAAUCAGAGGGCGGGCUCGGGUCACUUCGGUCCGUGUCAGACGCAGGUCAUUGCUGAAGACGCGGUCAUGGCUGGACGUCUGCUUCUCCGCGCUUGUGCUCUGCAGCUGAGACCCAAUGUGGCGGCUCGCCCGCUGCACCGGGCCAUGUCAGGAAUCCCAACAGAUGAGGAACAGGCCACUGGACUGGAGCGACGCACUCUGCAGGCUCUCAAGAAGGGAAAGGAUCCCUACAGUAUCCUGAGACCCAAACACUACGCUGGUACCAAGGAGGACCCUCACAUCGUGCCCGGCAUCGGAAACAAGCGGCUGGUGGGCUGUCUCUGUGAGGAAGACAACACUGCUAUCGUCUGGUUCUGGCUUCAUGAGGGAAAUGCCCAGCGCUGUCCCUCCUGUGGAUCCCACUAUAAGUUGAUCCACCACGACUUGCCCCACUGAAAACACAAAGCCCUGUACAAACGGUGAAACACCAGCUCGUUUUCCUCCUUCAAGGACAUGCAACAUCAUGUCUACUCAUCCUUUAACAUGUACAGUUUAUCAUUAAAAUGUGAACCUAA